AUGAGUACAAAAGACGAAAAAUUUAAUAAUGAAAAUGACAUUGAAGGAAAUACAGAAGAAAUUGUAGAUACAUUUGAUGCUUUAGGAUUAAAUGAAAAACUUUUAAGAGGUAUAUAUUCUUAUGGUUUUGAAAAACCUUCAGCAAUUCAACAAAGAGGUAUCAAGCCAAUUUUAAAAGGUUACGAUACUAUUGGACAAGCUCAAUCUGGAACAGGAAAAACAGCUACUUUUGUUAUAUCAUCUUUGCAAUUAAUUAAUUAUGAUUAUGUUGCUUGUCAAGCUUUAAUUUUGGCCCCAACUCGUGAGUUAGCUCAACAAAUACAAAAGGUCGUUUUAGCUUUAGGUGACUACUUAAAAGUUAAGUGCCAUGCAUGUGUAGGAGGUACUGUUGUAAGAGAAGAUAUCGAUAAACUCAAGCAAGGAGUACAUAUGGUUGUAGGUACCCCUGGUAGAGUAUACGAUAUGAUUGAUAAGAGACACUUAGGAGUCGAUAGAUUAAAGUUAUUUAUAUUAGAUGAAGCUGAUGAAAUGUUAUCAAGAGGAUUUAAAGCACAAAUAUAUGAAGUCUUUAAAAAAUUAGUUCCAGAUAUUCAAGUUGCUUUAUUUUCUGCUACUAUGCCACAAGAAAUCUUAGAAUUAACAACAAGAUUUAUGAGAGAUCCAAAAACUAUAUUAGUUAAAAAAGAUGAAUUAACAUUAGAAGGUAUUAGACAAUUUUAUGUAGCUGUAGAAAAAGAAGAAUGGAAAUUAGACACAUUGUGUGAUUUAUAUGAAACAUUAACAAUCACUCAAUCUAUUAUAUAUUGUAACACAAGAAAAAAGGUUGACAUUUUAACCCAAGAAAUGCACAAUCGUUUAUUCACUGUUUCAUGCAUGCAUGGUGAUAUGGAUCAAAAAGACAGAGAUUUAAUUAUGAGAGAAUUUAGGUCUGGAUCAACAAGAGUGUUGGUUACCACCGAUUUAUUAGCAAGAGGUAUUGAUGUACAACAAGUAUCUUUAGUUAUCAAUUAUGACUUGCCAUGCUCACCAGAUACAUAUAUUCACAGAAUUGGUCGUUCUGGUCGUUUUGGACGUAAGGGUGUUGCAAUUAACUUUGUUACUAAUGAUGAUAAGGAAAAGGAUAAGUUGAAGAAAAUCGAAUCGUACUAUAGUACUCAAAUUGAAGAAAUGCCUUUAGAAGUUGCGGACUAUUUGUAA